AUGAGGCCACCAUUGCCAGUUACAACUACCAGGCCAAUUAUACGUGAUCCAGGACCGAUCUGCCCAGGAUUUUGUCUGCUCAAUAUAAUGGCAGCUUUUUGCGAGAGACCGUCAGUUUUAAUUCCUCAUACAUCAAACUGCAAAAGAGGAUCUGUGUGUUGCGAUAACACCAGAGCAAUGACUUCUGCUCCUAAGCCAAAACCGAAACCUCACUAUUCAGUUUCGACCACGACAACCACUGUGGAUCCCAGACCAGAGUGUCCAGGAAAUGCUGAAAUGACAGAAAUAUUUAGAUGCAAAAAAGCUGGAACGAAAUGUUGUGCACCGAAAUCACUAAUUAAAGAUGCUUUAGGUCAGAAGGAUGACUUACCUUUCGAGGAAAGUACUAUACAAUCUUUAAGCAUGUCUUAUACAACAAUAUCAUCGGCAAACCCUACUCAUUUUGCAACAACUGAAAUGACCAGAUUGCAAUCUACAACUUCAAAAUCUCCAGUGUACAGCAAAUAUGUCUGCGGCGUAAAAGGUACUGCUCGUGUUGGAAGAGUGGUAGGUGGAGAAGACGGGGAACAAGGCGAAUGGUGUUGGCAAGUAGCAUUAAUAAACUCCUUGAAUCAGUACUUAUGCGGAGCUGCAUUGAUUGGAACUCAGUGGGUUUUAACAGCCGCCCAUUGUGUCACAAACAUUGUUCGCUCGGGUGAUGCAAUAUAUGUUCGAGUGGGUGAUCACGAUCUAACCAGAAAAUACGGCAAUUCUGAGGCGCAAACCUUACGAGUGGCAACAACAUACAUUCACCAUAAUCAUAAUAGCCAAACUUUAGAUAACGAUAUAGCUCUCUUGAAGCUUCAUGGACAAGCCGAGUUAAAAGAAGGCGUAUGUUUGGUAUGCUUACCAGCUAGAGGAGUAAGCCAUGCUGCUGGAAAAAGAUGCACAGUUACGGGAUAUGGCUAUAUGGGAGAAGGUAAGUAA